AACAAUAGCGUUGUGCAUCUCCUUACUUAUCUCUGCUAUGAAUACGGAACUAGGCUUCUUCAACUAUUCUCUUUUCAUACGCUCUUCAGAUCUCUUCGGAUCUUAACCAUUCAUAGACUGUGGUAAUCAGUGAUAAUGUGUCAUGUUGUGUCAAGCAUAGUUUUGUGCUUGCGUGAAAAAGCGUAGAGUUAAUUAUUUUUCCAUGAGCUGAUUAUAUUCUAGGUUUUCUUUAUUUAAGAUACAUGUGAGAAAUAAUAAAGAAUGAAAAUGGCGAAGGACGAAAGCGACGAUCUUUUACCAGACAAAGACGCAGCAAAAGGCUUUUACGCCAAGUAUGAACCCAAAGAAAUUCUGGGAAGAGGAAUCUCUUCGACCGUAAGAAGAUGUAUAGAGAAAGAAACAGGCAUAGAAUAUGCUGCAAAAAUAAUAGAUAUAAGUAAUGAACCUCAUGACGGGACAGAUGCUCACACAAUGAAAGAUGGUACGAUGCAAGAAGUCCAUAUUCUUAGAAAGGUUGCUGGCCAUCCUUUUAUAAUUGAGUUACAUGAUGUCUUCGAGUCCAACACAUUUAUUUUUCUCAUUUUUGAGCUCUGCAAAAAUGGAGAACUUUUUGAUUAUCUGACGUCUGUUGUAACGCUUUCUGAGAAGAAAACUCGUUAUAUCAUGCGGCAAGUCUUUGAGGGAGUACAGCAUAUUCAUAGUCAAGAUAUAGUGCAUCGCGACUUGAAACCAGAAAAUAUUCUACUUGAUGACAGUUUGAAUGUCAAAAUUACGGACUUUGGAUUCGCAAGAGUUUUAAAUUCAGGAGAUAAAUUGUAUGAUUUGUGUGGCACUCCUGGAUAUCUUGCUCCGGAAGUUCUUAAGUGCAAUAUGUUUGAGAACGCAGAAGGUUAUGGAUAUGAAGUCGACAUAUGGGCAUGCGGCGUAAUUAUGUUCACUUUGCUAGUUGGAUGCCCACCAUUCUGGCAUCGAAAACAAAUGGUCAUGUUGAGAAAUAUAAUGGAAGGGAAAUACUCGUUCACAUCUCCUGAAUGGGCUGACAUAACAGAUGCCCCAAAGGAUUUGAUUAGAAAAUUAUUAGUUGUGGAUCCAAAAAAGAGAAUUUCCAUUAAGGAGGCUUUGGAGCAUUCAUUCUUUCAUACAGUGGAAUUGAAAGCAAAAUCCUUUAGCGCAAGGAAAAAGUUUCAAUUGGCAAUUAUUUGCGUUCGUGCCGUUGUACGCAUUAAAAGGCUACACGUCACACCUGAACCAUUAUCCACCCACAUUGCUCGCACUGAUCCUUACAGAAUCAAACUUCUACGAAAGGUGAUUGACGGAUGUGCCUUCCGCGUGUACGGACAUUGGGUGAAGAAGGGCGAAGGGCAAAACCGUGCUGCCCUUUUCGAAAACACCCCAAAAACGGAGCUAAAGCAUCUCUAUGUCAGCAAUUUGAGCAGAUAGCCAAUGCUCCCGUCCAGCAAAAUUUAGUUCAAUUCGUUAUUUUUAAAUGACCUGGUGAUAUCACUGUAAUCAUCCACCAACCAUGACCUCCCUGCCUCCCUCAAAUCCUUCCUCAUUCCUUCUCACAUCCAUAAAUUCAAUAAUUAUGAUUUACCAUUAUCCUAUUUCAUCAUAUGACUGUUAAGGUAAUAUGAGAACGAAAUCAGUUUUUGAAACUCCAGCAACUGAUGUUCUUGGAGUUCUACCUUGUGCUGUAUGUUCUUGCGCCUUCGCCAUUAAUUCUUCCUAGUAUAUUAAUGGAAACGAACUCGAAAAACUCCAUGGAAAUUAAGAUGGUACGUUGGAAGUUGCGUAUUCUGACGCAACAAUGCGAAAAACGCAAGGUGUUCAGGGCGUACUUGAAGAAGAUUUUUUAAAUUCUUGGAAUUUUUAAUAAUUAUUAAGCCAGUUAUUAAGAGAAUCUUACAGUAAUAAUUAUGUCAUAAGAAUAUUAUGAAAGUUUUAACUCUCUGCUAGCUGUCUAAAUCUUUUGAAAGCGACUUUUAGAUACAUUUUUAUGCUGUACCAAACUAAUAUCUCCCACGAAUUAUAUGUAUCUAGCAAAAACAUACUUUCAAGUUCUAGCUUGAUGUAAACAGGAUUUCUGAUUGGUACCUGUCGUUUAUUGUCAAAUUUUUAAAAAAUAUUUGUUCUAUAGUUUUCGAUUGUUUAGACUAAGUGCUAUUCGCCUGGAAUACACCAAACGGUGGACUAAAAAAUUUUACCUAAUUAAAAUUUGUUUUCAUAUAAUCAAUGUCACAAAAUUUUGACUUAUCACAGGAGGUGAAAUUCAGUCAAAGUAUCCUUGGGCUAGUUUGAAAAUUUUGGAAACGGUCACGUGUUACUCAUGACAGUAGUAAAGAAUGCGAAAAGUGUUGAGCAGUCAUUAAUCAUCAGUUCUCUCAUAAUUGUUAAUCUCGCGAGGUAGCAGUAUAAGUAAAUUCUAGUCAAAUUGUAAUUCCAUCAUUUUUGCCCUUAAAUUUUAUAGCUAAAGCUGUGAACGGAGGGCAGUCACAGCAAGAAAUAGCUGUACGUUAAAAAGUUACGUAAUCGCGGACGAAUUAAAAUAAUUGGAUUGACUAUUAAAACAUCACGAAAAUAGAAGUGUUGUAAGUGCCCAUGCAAAACCGAUCGUAGUGCGAUAGAAUUGAAAUUUGAGUUCAUCUACCCGUUAUUCUGAGCAAUCAGUUGAUAGGGAGGGAACAAAAUAAAAUUAAUUCUUGUUAUUCAGAAAGGUAGACGUCAGACUUUGAAAAUUGUAUCUUUGCUGUCGUAUUUUAAAUAGUCUUGCAUGGGUAUCUGUCACAAUACAAGAAACGGUCGUCCUAUUAUGCAUGUAUAAUACCCGUUUCUAACGAAACGUUUCAUUAUAGAUUUAGCAAUCCAUGUUUGAGAUUAUUUGUUUCGCAAAAGUGCAUUAAGUAGAUAGCAACUAUAAAUUUGCAAAAAUAUUUAUUUAUAUAGAACUUGUUGAAGCGUGAUGCUUCGUUUGAGAGCUGGCCCUCUAUACUAGUGUAAAUUAAAUAUUAGACAUUUCAUUGUGUGUUCAUAGUUCAUAUAUUUUUAGACUUAAAAUUUCUCCGAUAUAUAUGUCAACAAUGUCGCAACAUCGCAAUUCGAUCGUAAUUGCUUUGUGGUAAUACACCUGUGGUUAAAAAUGCA